CACUUUCUCAAUCGAGACGAGAGUGUAGACUGAGACCAGUGGGAAGUGUCUAGUCCGACGAAAAAGUUAACGAUGUUGUCGUACAUAGGACGAUCGUGUCAGCUCUCCCCUGCCCUCAAAGGAUCGGCGCAGGCGGUUGCAAAUGGCCUGAAGAAUGCAGCUCCAGUAACAACUCAAGUGAGAUAUGCACACAGCGAUAUUCAAGUACCAGACUUUUCUACAUAUCGGCGCAGUGAUGUGCAGGAUCCUCGCACUAAGUCUAAGGAAUCAUCAGACUCCAGAACAUCUUUCACAUACAUGCUGGUAGGAGGUGGCACAGUUUCUGGAAUGUAUGCUGCAAAGUCUGUAGUCACUGAGUUCAUCUCCUCCAUGUCUGCUUCUGCUGAUGUGUUGGCCUUGGCUAAGAUUGAAAUCAAGACUGAUGAGAUCCCAGAAGGCAAAUCGGUUACAUUCCAGUGGCGUGGUAAGCCACUCUUUGUCAGACACAGGACAGAGGAAGAGAUAACCAAGGAAGGCUCUGUAGAUGUUGGUUCACUUCGUGAUCCAGAGAGUGAUGCCGAGCGGUGUCCCAAUUCCAAAUGGUUGAUUGUCUUGGGGGUAUGCACUCAUCUUGGUUGUGUGCCAAUUGCAGAUGCUGGUGACUUUGGUGGCUAUUAUUGCCCCUGCCAUGGCUCCCACUACGACACAGCUGGACGCAUUCGUAAAGGACCAGCUCCCCUCAACCUGGAAAUUCCUCCUUACGAGUUCCCUGAGGAAGGAUUGCUUAUAGUAGGUUAAGUUUAUCCAAAAGGUGUAAGUUUUAAAGUUUGUGUUAAUUUGAAAUAACUAUGGAAGUUUAUAGAAAUAUGGAAAUAGUGAUAGAAGAGCCAUGUAGAAAAAAUAUAAGGGAAUGACAGUUAUGGAUGUUUCAUAUGUAAAGUCUCUAAGAAAUAUUUUGCCCACAUGAGAUGUUGUCACACUAACUUUCUCUCAUGAAAUUAGCUUGUUAGUAGAGACAGUAUAAAAAAAUUAUGCCAGUUCUUCACUAAUGUAGAUAUGUAUAAAGAAUCCUACCAUAAUGUGUAUUUAUUGCAUUGGAGAAAAAGUUCGUGGAUUAAAACACUUUUUAUGAAUACAA